CAUGCACAUUUAAACGUUUGUUUAAGACCGCCAAUCUACUGAAGAAGUAAACGGAAUCAAGAACGACCAGCGGCCAAUAACAAUUUCAACGUUUUUGUUAUUUAUACGGUUAUAGGCGUUAUUAACCCUGGAACUCAAAAUAUGACGGGCCUUGUUUGAUAGAUGUUAUCUAGGUAACGCUAGCUAGCUGUUAACAAUGGCUAACUGUGUGGUUUUUCACACUCAAAUAGCCUCCGUUAUGGAGGUGCUAGCGAAUGCAGCCGUGGCAGAGAUCUGUAAACUCGUAGACGACGACUAUGCAGUGUUACAAUUGGAAAUAACUCAAAGCCAGAAAGAAAACAGGGCAUUGCGGAGGAAACUACAGCUAUUGGAACUAAAGGUGGCACGGGAGCGCGCAGAGAGGACAAUGCGAGAGCGCUUCGUCGCCAGUCGUCCCAGUAGUGUCAAGAUCCUCGACCAAUACAGAGAGAUGGCAAGAGGACAUCUCACUGGAGACCAAAGGAGCUUUGUGAAGCCAGUGAGAGACAAUACAUGGAGACAUGACCAACCAGUCACUGUUGAUGAGGGGAGUGGAACCUCAACCCAGCACAUGGUGAUAGAGUCUGCAGAUACAGAGGCUGCAGGUCCUGGAGGAUCGUCUCUGGUAAAGCAGGAGAGGACUGAAGGAGACCCACAACAAAUCAGAAACAUCCAGACUGGAGUAGCGGCUGGAGUGGCGCCCCCUGUAGCCACAAAGGACCUCACCUCCUCACCCCAGCCCAGGGCAAAAUGCAACAUCACAGAGAACAGUGGAACAAUGAACGAGGUCCUCAAGUCAGAGACAGACACAGAGACUUUAAUUGUAACACAAAGGCUUUUACAUACAGGAUCUGUCCUCAGGUCAGACCCAGAGGGGCUGGGGCCACUGGGCUGUCCUCCUGCUCCCGGCUCAGAGUAUUUACUUUACGGUAAACUGAGCCCAAGGACAGUUAAUUCCCAACGGGACGCAUUAGAGACUGGCAAUGAUCCGUCUUGUUCCUACACUACAGAGAUCGAGCCUGGCAACAUAUCCUUGGGUUUAGAGACACAGAAUGAUCUGUCUAGAGGGAACUUGAACCAGUACAGUAGUAGUGUAUACACUGAAGGGUGCCUAGAUAAGAAAGGGGGGGUUAUAGUCGUAGAUGAAGUGACUGUGAAAGUGGAGGGUGAUGCUCCUCCCACAUGGAAUGUAGAUUGUCAUCUAGGAGACAGACACUCACAGGGCAGAGAUUUGUUAGAUUACAGGGGAAGCUUGGGGACAAAUCUAAACGUCGCCACGCACUCCCCUUUACACGCGUUCAGGGAUUGCGACCCAGUGUCCACGACGAUGGGGCCUUCCGAUUCACACAGCAGCAUCCUUUUCAAUCAGGUAUUGAACUCAAAGGGCCAAAAGGCCAAGGCUCAGGCAGUGGGAGCAACAUCAGACAAUAGUAAUGAGAAACAGUUCCUCUGCGUGUUCUGUAACAAAGGCUUCAGCUGCCUCCAGAAGUUGGAGAUCCACAAGAGGGUCCACACAGGGAUUAAACCCUUCAGCUGUACCCAGUGUCACAUGCGCUUUGCACACUCGUCCAGCCUUAAGAGGCACCAGAGGGUCCAUACAGGGGAGAAACCCUACAGCUGUACCCAGUGUCACAUGCGCUUCGCCCAGGCUAGCAACCUGAAGAUACACCUGAAGGUCCACAUGAGAGAGAGGCCGAUCGCCUGUAUGGACUGCGGGAAGAGGUUCUCCGAUAGUUGCUACCUCAUGAUACACCAGCAGAAAAACCAUUCCACUCUAUAACAUAGAAAGUAACCUUUGGGGGGAAUCACGUGACCCUUGAACGAGAUGGGGGCAUGAACUAAGAGCUCUGCACAAGUAGUUUCCAAUUCCUAAUAUUACCUCCACUCCAAGUUCAAACUCCUUUAGCUUUAGUAAAAAAAAAGUCAUGGCGGCUACAAAAGGCGACACUACAGGUGACAUUUUUACCCGGACUCGAGCAUUAGUGAUGGAAAAAGCCUCCAAGAAGAAGCUAGCUCCAGAAAAAGCUAGCUCCAGAAAAAGCUAGCGCCAGGAGCAAGAUGACCCGCUCCCCCCCGAGGCCCAACGAAUGUCAACCUCGCACUCUGUCGAAGACAUCCUUUCUGAGUUGAGAUCCAAACGUACAGAACUCAACACUAAAUUAGAUGCCAUUAAUUCUCAGCUCAGUGCGAUAGUGACAAUCCUGGAAAACGCUUUUCCUGACAUCAACAACAAGAACCAUAAACGCGGGGCGCCUGGACAAGGCAUAGGGGCGAAUCCUAUCCAUGGAAAACUUAUUGACAGAUGCCAUGGAAACAAUAGCAUAUGCUAAAAAGAAAAUAGAGCAUCUGGAAGAGAAAACAGAGGACCUGGAAAACCGGGGGCUAAGGAAUAAUUGUGUUCUAUUAAAUCUGGGCGAAAAAGAAGAGGGAAACAUGCCACUGAUCCGCUACCUGCAAGACAAACUUCCCGAGUGGCUCCACCUGUCCACCGACAGGCCCAUAGAACUCGAGAGAGCUCAGCGAGCACUGAGGCCCCCACCAGCAGCCAGACAACCACCAUACGUUUCCUGAGAUUCACCGACAAGGAACGAGUCCUACAGGCGGCGAAAAACAACACCAUCACAGUGGGAAACGCCAAACUCACUUUACACCAGGACCUGUCAGCUGGAAUACGCCGAGAGUUUGACGAGGUGAAGAAACACUCCAUUGACCGAGGCAUCUUCAGGGGAUUCAAAUACCCAAACGAGCUCAGGGUUCUGCGACACGUCAAAACUCCCGAAGAGGCUAAACGUUUUUUGAAAAACAAUCCUGGUCAAUGAGAAACGGACCAUUGACUAAAUGCGAUUAAUGUCAUUACUAAAGGAGGUAAGACAACAUAUAAGCCGAUAUCCAAAGACCCACCCGCCCCGCUAAAUGUCAUUAUAGCCGUCCAAUCUAUAUUUAUUUUCCUUUAGCUGAGAGGGAUAGGCUCUAUAGCAUAACCUAGGCCUACUAAUGUUUCAGCCUACUUUUAUUUCCAUGUUUUUUUGUUGCUAUUAUUACUUGUUGUUCCCUAUGUCCCUUGGGGGAGGUAUAUGUAGGCUGGGCUAUUGAUUUUAUUUUCUCCCUCUUUUAGUGUGGUCUGGACGGGAGCUACGUUGUCAUUUACUCAAUGCGGGUCGGAGAGGAUGAGGCAUUUCUUUGUUGGGGAAAGGGAGACGUUGUGCGUUACUAACUGUUCCCGGUUCUUGUUUUUUUCGGAACACAGAAUUGAAACUGAGCGGGGGGGGGGGUAAUAGAUCCGACGGGAUGUGUUGUUGUUUGGGAACUCGGCUGGGGUGUUCAGAGAUUGUCAUUUUAUGUACACCAUUUAUUUUCCUUUUAUGUGAACGCAGCUGUAACUAUUAUCCACUUUUACCCAGCGAUGACUUGCACUAAUGUUCGAUUACGAUUCGAUGACUAGUACCUUAAAUCUAUUGACAUGGAACUGCCAUGGUCUAGGGCAUGCAAUACAAUGGAAAAAUAUACUAUGUGCUCUAAAAAAGGAAAAAGCAGACAUCGCGCUAUUACAAGAGACACACCUCUGUGAUGCUGAACAUGCCAAACUCUGCAGAGCUUGGGUGGGACAGGUGUAUUUCUCAUCUUUCAAAUCAAACAGUAGAGGCACAGCCAUACUUAUCCAUAAAAAUGUUCCAUUCAUAAUUGACAAAAAUAUAUCUGAUCCGGAUGGGAGAUUUAUUUUGA